CCCUGGCAAAGGUGUGUGCGCGCAGGCGCUCUUUCCUCAGUACGCAGGCGCUGCCUUAGGCAGGCGAGCGAUGAUUGGUGGGCUGGCCUACCGGGGCGUGGACCCCGACGUCUGGUUUUGGGCGGGAAUUGAAACCGCCACAGCUGCUCUCCAGCUCCAGGUCGCUGCUGUCCUAGGAAGGGCACCAUGGUGCGCCCUACCAGAAAUAAAAAACCAGUCAAUUAUUCACAGUUUGAGGAUUCUGGCAAUGACUCUGAUGAUGAUUUUAUUUCUGCAUCUAUACCUGUAAACAAGUCAAAAACCGUGCCAAAAGUGUUAAAGCAAGAUAAGCCAAAACCUAACUUGAAGAAUCUCCAAAAAGAAGAGGUCUUACCAACAGAACCCCCUAAAAAAAGGAUGGCUUUAGAUGACAAGGUCUUCCAGAGAGGCCUAGAAGUUGCCCUGGCUUUAUCUGUGAAGGAACUUCCAACACUCACCAACCAAGUGAAGAAGCCUGAAGAGAGAAGCACUGACACACACAGCAAAAGGAAAACGGAAAAGACAGAUAAACCUCCUCGCGUCUCUAACUGCAGUGUAGCCAGUGACGAUGUAGAUUUGAACAAGAUCACAGAGGAGGGGGACGUCAGAGAUGUUGAAGGAGAGAGGAGAACAACAUCUAAAGCCAGGGCCCAGCAGAGGAGGAAGCUCUCAGAAGGCAGCAGUGGCAGCAGUGCUGACGGCACUGAGCCGGACAGUGCGACUGGUGAAGAUUCAGAAAGUGAUCCUGAUUUUGAUGAGAGUGAGGAAAGUGAUGAAGACUUUGGUGUGAGAAGAGGUAAAGAAACAAAGAAGAAACCAGUGCAGAAGAAACCCAAAGCAGAAAAGAAGGAAAGGAAAUCAAAACCCAAACGUGAGGAGGCAUCAGUGACUUCAGCAGACCCAGCUCCAGCUGCCAUCAAGUCAGGAUCUCCAGCCUUACCCCAGGCGGUUGGUCUUCCUUCCGAGGCCACUAGGAAACCAGCAAAAAUAUGCAGCCCUUCAGCAGAAAGCAAGAGGCCCAAGUGGGUCCCCCCAGCCGCCUCUGGGAGCAGAAACUCUAGCAGCAGCUCAUGGGCAGGAACCCCCGCCAAGUCCCCGAGUCAGAGCCUGCGUCUGGGCCUCUCCCGAUUAGCACCAGUUAAGAGUUUGCAUCCAAGUGCCACAAGCAGCCAAGUACGGUAGCAGGAAAGGACCUCUGAGACCCUUGGGACUGCAGAGCGGGUUGUCAUAUUCAGCGUCCACAUAAAAGAACCUUUAAUGGGUCACAUGAAGGAGCUCUGUGUGAUUCUGGUCUCAUCAAAGCCUUCUGCCCUUCAGCAAAGAUUCUGGGGCCUCUCCUUGUGCCAUUCCUGAAGAGUGAAGAGUGUGUUGUGUUUUCUUAUGUUUCAUAAGUCACUGUCACUCGGGCUUUGCGGCACAUCAGCAAUCACAUGUCCCCCAACUCUGUCUGGCAAGAGGGCAUCCUGGGUUCCUUCAGGAGGCGUUUCUGAAAUCUUUCCCAUGCUACAUUUCUGUAGCUUUGUGAGAAGCUUGCUCUUUAUCCAGGUCUUUUUUAGUAAGAGUUCUGCUUUUUGUACAUAUUAAAAUGUCGACUGUACUGCAGCAUGUGUCCCUCCAUGGGGACAGGUGGUUAGCGUGCAGCUGAUCUCAUAACACUGCAUGAACUUCCAAUGUCAGAACCUUUAAUAAGAGUGGAAGGUUAAAAUGCGCUCACUGAUACCAUGCGUCUCCGUGUGUCUGUUUGCUAAUGUGAGUCUUCUGUGUCAGCAUAAGCAAGGGGAAGUGUUGUCUCCACCUUAGAUAAAGCCCAAGGUUGAAAGACUGUCAACUUGGCACCCCUGUCAUCAGCUGAUGCAAUUUCUCAAGAAGCUUAGAUUUAUUGUCAAUAAAAAUAAUUAUUUUUAUGGUGAGAAUAUCACUUAUGGUGUUCCUGAUCACUUUUUAAUAAAAAAAAAUUAAUGGUUUACC